GGUGGGGAAGAAGUUCUGGAGACUCCAAGGAUUGCCAGGAGGUCCCCAGGCAGCCAUUGAAGCUACUGCCAGAACGGGAGCCAGGAGCCACACGCGGGGAAGAAGUUCUGGAGACUCGAAGGAUUGGGGCCCAGCCGGCCAUUGAAGCUACUGCCAGAACAGGAGCCAGGAGCCACACGCGGGGAAGAAGUUCUGGAGACUCGAAGGAUUGGGGCCCAGCCGGCCAUUGAAGCUACUGCCAGAACAGGAGCCAGGAGCCACACAAACCAGAUGCAACUGUUGGCCCGAGCCUGUGAAAAUGAAGUGCCACGUCUUCUGUGAGACCCGCCAGUGCUCUGCUGACAGCAGAUCACUAAAGGUCGUGGCUUUCUCCCAGUGACGCACCUUCCUGCGUGGCAUCUGUGCUUCAGAGCAUCCGGAGGACUCCACUAUUCGCAGACACUCCCUGCAGGACCCUCAGUCUUCACUGGCUCUCCUCCGGCUCCGACACAGACACUUUUGUUUUCAUCAAAUUUUGAAUGAUUUUGACAUAAUGACAGCAGAUUCCGCUACAAAGAUGAGCAAUGAUUCCACCAACGCGGCGGCAGCCAAAGCUCCUGAAGGUGUAGCCGGGGCACCUAAUGAGGCUGCCCUGUUGGCUCUCAUGGAGCGCACGGGCUACAGUAUGACACAGGAAAACGGUCAGCGCAAGUAUGGUGGUCCUCCCCCUGGAUGGGAAGGGCUGCACCCCCCGCGUGGCUGUGAGGUCUUCGUGGGUAAAAUUCCCCGAGACGUGUAUGAAGACGAGCUGGUUCCAGUGUUUGAGUCCGUGGGGCGUAUCUACCAGAUGCGACUGAUGAUGGACUUUGAUGGGAAGAACCGCGGCUACGCUUUUGUCAUGUAUACUCACAAGCGCGAAGCCAAGCGGGCCGUGAGGGAACUGGACAAUCAUGAAAUCAGACCGGGUCGACCUCUGGGAGUCUGUUGCAGUGUGGAUAACUGCCGACUCUUCAUCGGUGGCAUCCCUAAGAUGAAAAAGAGAGACGAGAUCCUGGAAGAGAUCUCUAAGGUGACCGAAGGGGUUCUAGACGUUAUCGUGUACGCAAGUGCCACGGAUAAGACGAAGAACAGAGGGUUUGCCUUCAUAGAGUACGAGAGCCACCGGGCAGCGGCCAUGGCCAGGAGAAAGCUCAUGCCUGGAAGGAUCCAGCUGUGGGGACAGCAGAUCGCGGUGGACUGGGCAGAGCCAGAGAUGGAUGUCGACGAAGAUGUCAUGGAAACCGUUAAGAUCCUGUACGUGAGAAAUCUGAUGAUCAAAACCAGCGAGGAGACGAUCAGAAAGACCUUCAGCCAGUUUGGCUGUGUGGAACGAGUCAAAAAGAUCCGCGAUUACGCAUUUGUUCACUUCACCAGCCGGGAAGAUGCCAUCCGUGCUAUGAACAGCCUCAAUGGCACCGAGCUCGAAGGCUCGUGUCUUGGAGUUACUUUGGCCAAACCAGUAGACAAAGAGCAAUACGCACGCUAUCGGAAGGCAGUCAAAGGAAGUGUGACAGCAGAAGUCCAGCAGCUCAACUAUGUUUACUCGUGCGAUCCCUAUACUUUGGCCUACUACAGCUAUCCCUACAGUGCUCUCUUUGGGCCCAACAGAGAUUAUUUUGUGAAGGCAGAGAGCGUGAGAGGCCGAGGGCAAGACACAGCUGGCAGCAGAGCCCCGGGCCCCAGGGGAUCCUACUUCGGGGGGUACUCUGCAGGCCGUGGCAUCUAUAGCCGAUAUCAUGAGGGGAAAGGAAAGUGGCGAGAAAGAGGAUAUGAGUUUGUACCGAACUUGGAAUUAUCUGCCGCCAAUCCAGUUCCUAUUAAACCCGGUACAGUGGCAAUCCCUGCUCUUGGCGCCCAGUAUUCCAUGUUUCAGGCUGGCCCUGCUCCCAAGUUGCUGGAAGAUGGCAAAAUGCAUGCAAUGGAACACAUGAUCAACCCCAUAGCAGUACAAGCAGACCCAGCCGGUGCCUCUGCUGCCGCCGCCGCUGCCACCAUACCUGCUGGUUCCACCCCUCCACCUUUCCAGGCACGCCCGAUAACUCCAGUAUUCACAGGGGCUCCAAACGUCCAGAGAAUUCCCGCGGCUGGGCUCUACGGUGCCGGUUACAUCCCCUUUGCUGCUCCUGCCUCAGCCACAUCAGCCACAGUACAGAAGAGCGCCGCAGCCACAGCUCCCGUUUAUGGAGGUUAUGGUGGCUAUAUUCCUCAGCCAUUCCCUUCGGCUACCAUUCAGCCUCCCAUACACGAAGACUACCAGACAUACUGAGACUGGUAGGGGUGGGGGUG